AUGGCGAGAACGCUUCGAUACCUGCUGUGCGGCAUCCUCGCGUUAGCGGCGGGCAGCAAUGCGGUUCCCGCAGCCCGUGGUUCGACCCGAGCGGCCCCGGCGGCAGAGCCCAGCACUAGUGCGACGACAUACGAGGCCGAAGAUGCCAUCCUGAGCGGAACCACGGUCGAUACCGCUCAGGAGGGAUAUACCGGAUCCGGUUACGUGACCGGUUUCGAUGAGGCGAGCGACAAGAUCACGUUUGAGGUCGAGAGCGAGGCCACUAAGCUCUAUGACCUCAGCAUCCGCAUCGCGGCCAUCUACGGCGACAAACACACGACGGUGGUGCUGAACGGCGGGGCGAGCAGCGACGUGUCCUUCCCGGCCGGCGACACGUGGGUCGAUGUCCCGGCCGGACAGGUCCUCCUGAACGAGGGCGCCAACACGAUCGAGAUUGUCAGCAACUGGGGGUGGUACCUCGUCGACUCCAUCACGCUCACGCCCUCGGCGCCGCGGCCCGAGCACCAGAUCAACCGGUCCCUCAACAACCCGUCGGCCGACGCGAGCGCCAGGGCCCUGUACGACUACCUGCGCUCCAUCUACGGCAAGAAGAUCCUCGCGGGCCAGCAGGACCUGACCUGGGCCGACUACGUGACCCAGCAGACGGGCAAGACGCCCGCGCUCGUGUCGGUCGACCUGAUGGACUACUCGCCCUCGCGGGUCGAGCGGGGGACCAAGGGCACGUCGGUCGAGGAGGCCAUCACGCACGCCGAGCGCGGCGGCAUCGUCUCGGCCCUCUGGCACUGGAACGCGCCCGCGGGCCUGUACGACACCGACGAGCACCCCUGGUGGAGCGGCUUCUACACGGACGCGACCGACUUCGACGUCGCCGCCGCGCUGAGCUCCACCGACAACGCAAACUACACCCUCCUGCUGCGCGACAUCGACGCCAUCGCCGUCCAGCUCAAGCGCCUCCGGGACGCCCGCGUGCCCGUCCUCUGGCGGCCCCUCCACGAGGCCGAGGGCGGCUGGUUCUGGUGGGGAGCCAAGGGCCCGGACCCGGCCAAGCAGCUCUACGCCCUGCUCUACGACCGCCUCGUCAACCACCACGGCAUCAACAACCUCAUCUGGGUCUGGAACUCGCUCUCGCCCGACUGGUAUCCCGGCGACGACACGGUCGACAUCCUGAGCGCGGACGUCUACGCUCAGGGGAACGGCCCAAUGUCUACCCAGUACAACCAGCUCAUCGACCUCGGCAAGGAUAAGAAGAUGAUCGCCGCGGCCGAGGUGGGCGCCGCGCCGCUUCCGGAUCUGCUGCAGGCCUACGAAGCCCAUUGGUUGUGGUUCGCCGUCUGGGGCGACACGUUCAUAAACAACGCCGAGUGGAACUCGCCCGAGGUCCUGAAGACGGUCUACACCAGCGACUACGUCCUCACCCUGGACGAGAUUCAGGGCUGGCAGGAUUCGUGA